UAUUGAUUUCUUCAAAAGUAAUAUAGAUUAUAUGGAUAACUUAGUAUUUAAUCAUCCUUUUAUCUCUGGUAUCAUUGGUCUGGAUGUAGUUGAUGAAAUAAUGUUGAUGAUGUUCUCAUCUGAUGAGUUAAAAGAGAUGAUGUAUUGUGAUAAAAUAGUUUCCUGGAAAAUGAUAGAUAAACAAAUAAAGACAUGGGUAGCCGCUCUUGUAAAGACAGAGGAGCCACAGAAAUUUUUAAUCUCAGAGUCAUUAGAUCAUGAAGAAUGCACUUAUAUGCUGGAUAUGUAUUUACAGUU